AGAGAAAUUGGACUGACUUCUUCAUCUAAAUGUCUCAUCAUCAUCACCAUGAAACCAACCCUCAUUUCGCCCUAAUUCCAUCGCAGAAUCCACAUCUCAAAGGCGGUGCUUCUACCUCACAAACAUCUCCGCACCAACCACUCAUCCAGCCCAUUCCACACCAAAAAAACCCGCACCAUAAAACUACGCAACCUCACCCAGUCGCUCCACCCGGAAUCCUAAUCAAGACUCGUGGUCGCCACCGUGAAAAACCAAUCCAAGAACCGAAACAUUCUGUAAUACCUUUACCAUUAAGCCGAGAAGAUAAACUACCACCACGAAAAACUCCAAACUCUGCGAAAAGACCAUUGCUAUUUAGCCCUGAAGAUCAACAACAACAACAACAACAACAACAACAACAACAACAACAACAAAGACCUCCACUACCACUACGCAGCGGAGGCGGUUAUGGAUCAACAUUACCUCCAAUACCCAAACCAAGUCCAUGGAGAACCGCUCCAACUCCAUCCCCACAUCACCGUGGUGGCCCACGGUUACUGCCGCCCUCAAGAGAGACAAACGCAAUGACAUGGUCAGCUGCAUUUUGUUGUGCAAUAUUCUGGGUCAUUCUUAUUCUCGGCGGUCUUAUUAUCCUAAUCGUUUACCUCGUGUACCGUCCUCGCUCUCCUUACAUGGACAUCUCAGCUGCUAACCUAAACGCUGCUUAUCUCGACAUGGGGUUUCUUUUAAAUGGUGAUCUAACCAUUUUAGCAAACGUCACAAACCCAAGCAAGAAAAGUAGUGUGGAGUUUAGCUAUGUGACGUUCGAGCUUUACUAUUACAACACACUCAUAGCGACUCAAUACAUUGAACCUUUUAAUGUUCCUAAGAAAACGUCGAUGUUUGCGAGUGUUCAUCUUGUGAGCAGUCAGGUCCAGCUUCAGCCAACGCAGAGUCGGGAGCUGCAGCGUCAGAUUGAAACCGGUCCGGUUUUGUUGAUCCUCAGAGGAACGUUUCAUGCACGUUCAUAUUUUGGACCAUUGUUUAGGUACUCUUAUUGGUUGCAUACUCAUUGUAGCGUUUCAUUGAAUAGUCCUCCUUCAGGAGCUAUGCGCGCUAAAAGAUGCAAUACCAAACGCUAGCGUUUUGCGAUUGCGUUUGCUCCUUUUU